AUGGGAAACACAUCCAGCAUCGCCGGCCGUGAGUGCUUCAUGGCUGCCGUGGGAGGAAACCCUACUAUGGCGACCUUUCGGGGAGAUCUUUCAUAUGAAUUCCGGACCUUGCCAUCCUAUAACCUGGCCAUUCCUGUCCAUCCCGCGGUAAUCACCUAUCCGAAUACUACGAGCCAGGUUGCUGAAAUUGUGCGUUGUGCCGUUGAAAGAAACUACCGGGUGCAAGCUUACAGUGGAGGUCACAGCUAUGGCAACUAUGGUCUGGGAGGAGCCGAUGGUCACGUUGUCGUCGACCUAAAAGGUUUCCAGAACUUCUCCAUGGAUCCGCACACCCAUAUCGCUACAAUUGGGGCCGGUACAAACCUGGGUGAUCUCCAAGACCGCCUUCUGAACGCAGGUGGUAGAGCGAUGUCACAUGGAUCUUGUCCACAAGUCGGAGUUGGUGGUCAUUUCACCAUUGGUGGUCUCGGUCUCAUGUCACGACAAUGGGGAACUGCGUUGGAUCAUGUGCUGGAGGCUGAAGUAGUCCUGGCCAAUUCCAGCAUUGUGACAGCGUCGGAUACCCAGAACCAGGACAUUUUCUGGGCUAUCAAGGGUGCGGCCGCCAGCUUUGGUAUCGUCACUGAGUUCAAAGUCCGCACGCAGGAAAUUCCCAAGGGCGCUGUGCAAUAUACGUAUACUUUCAGUCAAGGAGAUGUACUUGACAAAGUUAAACUCUUCCAAGCUUGGCAGUCCAUUAUUGCAAAGCCUAAUAUUACGCGGGAUUAUUCCACCGAGCUCACAAUCUUCCAGGAGGGUAUUAUGAUCACGGGCAGCUUCUUCGGAACCAGAGAGGAGUUUGAAGAAUUUGAGCAGGAAAACAGCCUCCCAAUCCACAACAAGGGCAAUGUGGCAUACAUCACGAACUGGCUAGCCUUACUAGCCCACGCGGCUGAGAAUUACCUGGUCUCAAUCGGUGGAGCUUUGCUCACUUCGUUCUACUCCAAGUCUUUGUCAUUCACAGUCGACGAAUUAUUCACUGAGCAGGGGCUAGUCGCCUUAUUCACGUACCUCGACACGGCGCCGAAAGGCAGUGAGAACUGGUGGGUUAUUUUUGACUUGGAAGGUGGCGCAACCAACGAUGUUCCUAUGAAUGCCACGGCCUAUGUGCACCGUGACGCUGUCAUGUGGAUGCAAUCCUAUGCUGUUGUCGGCUUUGAGCCUCCUGCAUUCAUUCCCAGGAGGUUCCUCGAUCGCUUGCAUCAAGUUGUGAUUCAACAUCGACCACCUGGGCCUUUACGUUCCUAUCCGGGAUAUGUUGAUCCUUAUCUUGAAAAUGGUCAGGUGGCCUACUGGGGAUCGAAUCUUGGGCGGCUCCAAAGUAUCAAGACUCUUGUUGAUACGAAAGAUGUCUUCCACAAUCCGCAGAGUGUGGCUGUUAACCCCAUUAUCAAUUCUCACAAUUAA